GCGGUUCAUAACAUUUUUUUAAAGGCAGACAAUGACGACUUGGUGUAAGAUGUGUUAAGUUACCACUAUAAAAUCUGAAGAAAUCCUAAAUUGGCAGAAUAUAACAUUUAAUUCGGGUUUAAUGGGUCAGUGGGGAAAUUAAUGUAUUUAAAAAAUCAUAACGUGACAAACAAUUAACUACAGAAACUAUGAAUAUGUUUUUUUUUUAUUGCCCUUGUAGGCAGACGAGCAUACGGCCCACCUGAUGGUGAGUGGUUACUUCUUCGACUUCAGCAAUGCCAGGGGCAGAGCCAAGCCGCUGCCUACCGCAAACUAUAUGAAUAACUAACUAAUAUUAAAGAGCAUGUGUGCAGUAAAACGAAGUAAAAGUAAAACUUUCAGAAUUAUUCCGUGUUAUUCUCUCGCAGGCUAAUAAUCCUUUAGACAUAUCUUUUUGCCUUUUUCAGUGUCGCUUUUUCGUUACACCGAUUUUCAUGUCACAGUAGUGCUCAAGUAGUUUUUACUCCAUUAUUCAUCUUCCCAAAUGAAAUAAAAUCUUCUUAUUUUCUGGUAAGUAUUAAUAUUCAUUUCAGGCAGUCCUGAGCCUGAUAAGUACGUAGGAGAACAUUCAUAUAUUAACAAUAAAAACAACAAAUUUUCAACUAAUCGUGUUUUACUAUGUUAUCAUUAAAGUGUUAAUCUUUAGAUAUUGUCUGCUGAUUCGAUAGCGUUGUUUAGAAAUUGUGAAGCUCGUUUUAAAUAUUAUUUUUCCAUACUUGAUGACUGGCUGUUUGAGACCUGUCCCUUUUGUAACAAAAGUCCAAAGUGGACAAAACAAAAUAAAACAACUUAACCUGAAACUCAGAAUUUCCAAUAAAUUUCAUCAAAAGCAAUAAUAUUAAAAUUCAAUCACUAACCCGCUGUAACCAUAGAUCUUUCUAAAAAGGUAUUAAAUAACUACCAAAAUUGUGCAUUUAAAAUUAAAUGCUUAUUUCUACAAUAAGAUGCGUCAAAUUCAUAGAUACAAAAAAUAUGCUUUUGCUGAAAUCAUACCUGACCAUAUUUUGGAACUUAUUUUUUUGUAUCUAAGAUUGAGAGAUAUUCGAAACUGUGCGUUGGUAUGUAAGACUUGGUAUAGAAUGCUCAGUGAUGAGAAUAAUGAAGUGUGGAGAUAUCAUUGUUAUAGAAGAUUAACAGAAGAAAUGAUGAAAUCUGAUUUACUUUCGUGCCUCAGAACUUAUAGAGAAAAACUUAGAGCAUAUUGCCAUGCUUGGAAUCCGUAUGAUUGUUCGAGAAACAUUUAUAUCAAACCAAAUGGAUUUACUUUACACAGAAAUCCUGUAGCACAGAGUACAGAUGCUUGUAGAGGAAAGGUUGGAUUUUAUCGUGGUCGUCAUGCUUGGGAAAUUAUAUGGGAAGGUCCCCUUGGCACAGUAGCUGUCAUAGGGGUGUCAACUAGAGAUGCACCAUUGCAAUGUCAAGGAUAUGUAGGAUUGCUUGGUUCAGAUGAACUGAGUUGGGGCUGGAAUCUUGUUGAUAAUCAUUUAUUACACAAUGGUGAUACUCAAGGACACUAUCCAUUGUUAAAUAACUGCCCCAAAUAUCAAGUUGGUGAAAGAAUAAGAGUGAUACUUGAUUGUGAUCGUCACACCCUCUCAUUUGAAAGGAAUUAUGAAUUUUUAGGUGUUGCAUUCCGUGGUCUACCCAAUAAAAGACUUUAUCCAACUAUAUCAGCAGUGUAUGGAAAUACAGAAGUUUCUAUGGUGUAUGUAGGUCCUCCGCUAGAUGGCUGAUAGAAAAUCUACUUAAUUGUAACUGGUAUCUAGUCAAAUAAUUGUGAUAUAAUGACAUUCUGGAAAACAUCUUGGUUUGUAUUCUUAAUAGUAUUUGAUAUGAAAUUAUUCUGUUUUUGUUUUAUGCUACUUAAAAUGUGCAAUUUUCUAUUUUACAUUUGUCAAUAUUAUUUAUUUCUUACAGAUUAUAUUAUGUUAUGUAGGUAUUCAUUAUAUAAAUCAUAGAGAUAUCA